GUCUCAGCCGCGGAGGCGGGAGCCUGGGAGGACGCCGGGAAAUGGACUCGGUGGCUUUUGAGGAUGUAGCUGUGCACUUCACCCAUGAAGAGUGGGCUCUGCUGGACGAUUCUCAGAAGGAACUGUACCAAGAUGUGAUGCAGGAAACCGUCACUAACCUGGCUUCUAUUGGGGAAAAUUGGGAGGACCAGAGCAUUAGGGAUCAGUGCAAAACUCAGGGAAGAAACAUAAGUGCUCAUGUAGAACAGAGACCCUAUGAAUGGAAAAGUCCAUGUAGGGAAGUCUUCACCCAGGUUCCAGUUCUUAAACAGAAGGAUGUUCUCCCCGGAGUAAAGUCCUGUGAAUGCAGUCUAUGCGGAAUAGUUUACUCCUGUCGUUCCUCUUUGAAGAGGCACAUACAGUGUCAUAGUGAGCACGCACUGUGGGAGAGUCACGGCUUCGGAGGGAAGUUAUACCACUGUAAGGAAUGUGGGAAAGCAUUCAGCUUUCAAAGUUCAUUCAGGAUACAUGAGAGGACCCACACUGGAGAGAAGCCCUAUAAAUGUAAGCAGUGUGGGAAGGUCUUCAGCUGGCCCAGUUCCUUUCAGAUCCACAAGAGGACUCGCACUGGAGAGAGGCCCUACACGUGUAAGGAAUGUGGCAAAACCUUCAUUUAUCACACCACGUAUCGAGGACACAUGAGGAUGCACACAGGAGAGAAACCCUAUAAAUGUAAGGAGUGUGGGAAGGCUUUCAGUAACCACAGCUUAUUUCGAAACCAUGAACGAGCUCACUCUGGAGAGAAACCCUAUGAGUGUAAACAGUGUGGGAAGGCCUUCAGAUAUCACCAAACCUUUCAGAUACAUGAAAGAACUCACACUGGAGAAAAGCCUUAUCAGUGUGGGAAGGCUCUCAGUUGCUCCACGUCUUUUCGAAGUCACGAGAGGAUUCACACUGGAGAAAAACCAUAUAAAUGUAGAAAAUGUUGCAAAGCCUUUAGGUUCCCCAGUUCCUUUCACAAACAUGAAAGAAUUCACACUGGAGAGAAGCCUUAUGAUUGUAAGGAAUGUGGGAAAGCCUUCAUUUCUCUCCCAAGCUUUCGAAGGCAUAUGAUAUUGCACACUGGAAACGGGCCUUACAAAUGUAAAGAGUGUGGGAAAGCCUUUGAUUGUCCCAGCUCAUUUCAAAUUCAUGUGCGAACACACACUGGAGAGAAGCCCCAUGAGUGUAAGCGGUGCGGGAAGGCCUUCAGCUGCUCCAGUUCUGUUCGAAUUCAUGAAAGGAUUCACAUGGGAGAGAAGCCCUAUGAGUGUAAGCAGUGUGGGAAGGCCUUUAGUUCCUCUAGUUCCUUUCACAUGCAUGAACAAAUUCACACUGGAGAGAAACCCUAUGAAUGUAAGCAGUGUGGGAAGGCCUUUAGCUUCUCCAGUUCCUUUCGCAUGCAUGAGAGGACUCACACGGGAGAGAAGCCUUAUGAAUGUAAGUGGUGUGGGAAGGCCUUCAGCUGCUCCAGUUCUUUUAGAAUGCAUGAGAGGACUCACACGGGAGAGAAGCCUUAUGAAUGUAAGCAGUGUGGGAAGGCCUUCAGCUGCUCCAGUUCCAUUCGGAUACAUGAAAGGACACAUACUGGAGAGAAACUGUAUGACUGUAAGCAAUGUGGGAAGGCCUUCAGCUGCUCCAGUUCUGCCCGAAUACAUGAGAGGACUCACAUGGGAGAGAAACCCUAUGAGUGUCAACAGUGCCACAAGGCCUUCAGUUGCUUUCAUUCUUUUCGGAUCCAUGAAAGAACUCACACUGGAGAGAAACCCUAUGAAUGUCAGCGGUGUGGGAAGGCCUUCAGCUGUUAG